CGUUAAUCAAAGUGUCAUUCCUGCCAUGAAGCCGUGUUCACAACUAUCCAUCCAUCCAUCCAGACAAGCCAAUGAAUCCCGCUGCACCACACACAAACUUCUCCUCACCCCCGCCCCGCCCCUCUUGUGUGGCUAGGUCGAUGGCCCGGCCGAUGGCGGCCCUGCACUGUCAUCCGGGUUGCCGCUGCCUCGUCCACCACCACCACCACUCCCGCCCCCAUUCCUCCGCUCCUGCUCGGCCGACCACGCCGGCUUGUUCAUGUGCGCACCUCGGCCCAGCGCUACCAGUAUCCCCCGCCCAGCUGCUCGCGCACGAGCAGCCGCCGAAGGGCCACUCAGGGCAGAGCUGCUGUUGCUGCUGGUGUUGCUGGGCUGAAUGGACGGAUCCGGGAGAGGGGGCCUGGGUGAGUCGAUGUCCACGAAAUUAUCGUCUGGCGCGCGGGUCGUGGGUGGCUCGGGAACAUGUGACGCAGGGUCGGCGAUAGCGAUGGCGCGGCUGCCGGGCUGCCCACCACCACCACCACCACUGGGACCGUCUUGCUGUCUCCUGCUGGUGCCAUCAGGGUGCAUACGACGAUACAUCUCGUAGGUCUCGAACAGCCGCUGGCGCCUCGCACGUGCCUCGGCUCGGUCUCUAUAGCGGCUCGGCGCCGGGGAUCCCCACUCGUCACCCAUUUCGGGGUUGGGGGUGGGCGUCGGGGUGGGGGCGCGGCGCGGCUCUCGGUCGGGAGGGGAGUUUGCCACCUGGUUGCCGCUGCCGCCUCCUCCCCGUUGUUCUCCGGAAGGCGCCACUGGCUGGUUGUGGACGCGACGACGCUCGCGAGCCGCCUCCCUGUCCUGUCGGCGGCCCGCGGCCUCCUCCUGUCGGAGGCUAUCGAGAAAGGCAUCCUCACGUCGCGCCUGUCGCUCCUCCCUUAUCCGGUCCCUCUCUCUGUCGAAGGCGGCGCUGGCGAUGCGGAUGCGCUCACGGCCGUACUCAGCGAUGGCCUGCAGCUCCUCCAUGUGCCGCUGUGCGUAGGCCCGUCGCUCCGCCAUCCGCUGCCGCCUCGCACGUUCUGCACGCUCCUCAGGACUGGCCGAGGGGUCGUCAGGGUCGUUGUCAGGAUCUGGAUCAUCAGUCACUGAUGGACAGCAACCGGCACACACACACACACACACAGUGGGUGGAGCGUAUGGACGGCUGACUGAUUGACUGACGUUAGUGAGUGGGUGAGCCAACUCACCGUUCGCCAGCUGUGCGAGUGGGCCGAGCAGUUCGCUGGGGACGUCAUCAUGUCGGCUGGAUGGGCCGGAUGGCGGGGGCGGGGGUGCACGGGUCAUCGGCGGUGGGUAGUCGAGAGGCGUCGGCCAGUCGUCGAAGUCCCGGCGGCGACGACGGGAGGGCAGAAAGAAGGGGCGAUACUCCCCCGGCCCCCCCAUCACAUCACCACCGCCUCGGGACGCAGCGGCCGACGGAUGCCGCGCCUGACACACCGGAUGGGAUGGAUGGACGGAGAGAUUCACACGACACAACACAACACAACGCAACACAGCACAAGAGAUGCUGUGGGUGUGAGAAUGGUUUGGUUGCAGAGGGAGGUGUGUGCGUACCGCAGCUUGGUGUAGGUUGAGACGGCAGAGUGGGCAGCUGGCGUGCUUCUCGAGCCACUCAUCCAGGCACCACACUGACAACAGACAGACAGACAGCCAGACAGGUACAUCGCAUCGAGUGCUGUCACACGAGUGCGUGGCUCUACUGCGCGAGCGGCUUGGUGCCUACUGUGGUAUUUGUGUCCGCAUUCAUCCACUCGUCUGAGCUGUGCCAGUACAUGCAUCUCCUCGUGGCAUAUCGCACACACCUGCCAAGCCAGCCCCGCCAGCCAACACAACACGACACGACACGACAACCAAACCACAACCAAAUACACACCACACAUGUUCUCCCUCUCAGUCAUCCCUCACUCACCUGUUUGUCGUUGCCAUCCUCCUGGCCCGUCCCCUUCUUAUCCUCCCCACCAGCGCCCUCUGACACAGCAGCGGCAGCCGCACCACCACCACCACCACUAGCACCACCACCAGCACCACUGGCAGAUGCGGCCGCCGGUGCAGUCUCACUGCUCUCGCCCCCACCCUUGUCCUUGUCCUUAUCGCCCCCCCCACCAGCUGAUGACUGUGAGGACGGCUUGGCUGGCGCAGGGAAGUCUGCAAAGCGGUCAGGGUGUUUCGUCCAGAAGUCGUGCACGGCGUCCUCGGCCAAGGUGGCGCCAUUCACCACUACCGAUGUGGCCUUGCGGAUCUCACUGGACACAGCAGGGACACAGCAGGCAUAGCGAAACACGUGUUUGUACUCAGUCAUUGUGUCCUCUCUCUCUGUCUGUCUGUCUGUCUGCUUGUCCACUGUCGCUUACGCAAAAGUGAGAGGCAUAUCAGGUCGCAUGAAGAGCCGCGGCCUCAUGUCAAUGUCCGGGCGGUGCCUCAGCGAGGUGGGCUCCUCGGCAGCCACCACCCGUGCACCCGCCCCAGUGGCCAUAUUGCGCGCCCGCCAUCUCUGCCGCGCCUCAAGCCGCCCCUGCUCCCAUAUCGAUGCCCCCCGAUCUCUCUCCCGCCCCUCCCACGCCCUUGGCCGCCCGCCAAACCGAGGCACGUCGUCCAUGCUAUCGUCGUCACGGUCAUCCGGGGGAGGCCGUCGCCGCAGGACAUCCAUGAAGUGAGCCCCCCGCCCCCGCCGCUCUGGAGGCGGGCUUGGGGGCGCGUCCAUCAGGAAAUCAGACGGACGGUAUUGAAAUUGCGGUUCGCGCAUCUCUGCCAGUGCACGAUCCGCAAGAGGAAGUGUGUCGAUGUCGACUUGGGGAGGCGCACUGUCUCCGGCCUCGCUGCCGAUGGACUCAGGGGGUGACGGCGGGACGGGGGAGGGCGACGGCCUGGGCAGGUCCUCCGAGGUGAUCCUCCCAGCGUCUGCAGCAGCCUGGUCCAUCAUCUGGUGGGCGGCGGUCUCCCCCCAGCGCGGCCCGUGUUGCUGAUGGUCGGGUCGUUGGAAGAAGUUCAUCAUCUCCGAAAAGAUCCGCUCUGCUCCCCAGUUCCGUCCCCCAGUGGCAGGCUGGUUGGCCGUCGACGGGGCCCCUUCCGGCUGGUGGUGCCCCUCUGUCGCCGCACUCGCAGCAGCCGCAGCUCCGUUGGCGCUGGUGCUCGCCGCUGGCGGGUCGGCCUCCACCAUCAACGAAACAUGGGCCGAGAGAGGGCUCUCGGCAUGAUGCGAUGACGAAGGUGGUGGGGCAGCGCUCUCGCUGAUCCGCAGACGCACCUCUCCACCAUUAUUCAGGUCGGUCCGUCGUGCGGGCGGAGGUGUCGGUCUCGGCCGCGGUGUCGGCGGCCGAUCCAGCCGGGCCGAUGGCCGAGGGCUCUCACGCAAGGGCACAUUCUGGAUGCGACGCCUCUCACGUGCUGGUGCCUCCCCACCGACAUGGUGGCCGGACGGCCCGGCUUCGGCCGGCGGUGGAACGGUGCCAGUGGCGACUCGCAUGUCCGGCUGGCGCAAGACGGGCACACGCACGGCGCGGUUGUCGGAUGGCGACGCUGGCUCGGGGAAGGGAGGGACGGCUGGCCAUGGAGAGAAGGAGUCGGGGAGCUGGGCUGGUGGCGAUGCUGGUCGGAGAGCGAUGACCACGGGGGAUGAGGUGUCCUCGUUGGGUCCCUCGCCCUCGGGAGCCGACGAACUCAUGCUCCGCUAUGCUGUGCGACGAUGGCGAUGAUCAGAUGCAAAUCAGAUGCGCCGAGAUGUCCUGCCGACGCACAUCCCUACUUGGUCCGACAGGAGUAGAAACACCAGUAAAGGCCGCAGUGAUCGAUAAGCAUACGAUGUCCCUCCUUCCAUUUCCA